AUGAAUAUUUUUGAAAAAUCAAAAUGUUGUGUAUGUUCAAAGACUCUUUAAAUAUUGUAGUUAAUUCUAAUCAUAAUUUUAGCCUUAUGCGUUUCUCUAGCCAGUGUAAAAGGUGUCAUUAAGAUGUGUGUACCUCUUGUAGCAAAAGUCAAAUCAAGGUAAUUCCAUUUCAUCUACAAAGUUAUAUGCUAUACCCAAUGAAUUGGUGAGAGAGUUCGAAAAACCAUAAAGAGUUUGCGAUAAUUGUUAUAGAGAUUACCUAUAUUACCAGGAUUUGAUCGAUGUAUACAAAUUAAAAUGGAAUAUUAAAUCACUUCUCAUGAACAAAUUAUUGGGAGACAAAAAGAGGAAGAUAAAGUUUAAACAGCCUCCAGAGUUGUUUGAUAAACAGAAUAUUGAAAAGGAUGUACUGACUGGAAGAUCAGAUGCUCAUCUAUUAAAUUACAGCAUAAGAGAAUUCGUAACCCAAUGUUAAUAAGGGCAGUAACAAGAAUAAAUUAGAAAUUCGAUUAUUCGAGUCUUGGAAUUAUUCGUAGCUCAUAAUCCAACUAUUGGGUAUUGUUAGGGGAUGAAUUAUAUUGCAAUCCUUUGUUUAUGCAUAGCAGAUGAGGAAGGGGCCUUUCUUCUUAUGAAUCACCUAUUUAAGGAGAUUAUACCUGCAAGGUUCUUCUCAAAUUCGCAAGGAGCAUCUUUAAUUGGCUAUUAGGCUGAACUUAACUUUCUUCAAGAGAUGAUUGGCGUUACUGGUUUCUAAAAUAGAGAAACCUUGACCCAAUUUAUCGAACUUUUCGGACCUUAACUCCUAUUAACUUUAAUGAUAUAAGUGCUUAAUACCAGUUCAUUAUUAGUCACUUGGAUUGAAAUGUUCAAACUCAAAUCCUUUAUUCCUAUUGACAAUGUUAUACUGUACACACUAAAAACUGUUGCAAAGGAUUAAAAUCUUAUGCAUCCUAAAAUUCUAAAUAACAUAGGAAAAUGUAUUUAUAUGUUCCUAUUAAAUACAAGUUGUUCAUUAUCCCAAUUUAAUUGAAAUAUUUAAACAGGAAAAAGUUUUCUUUACCAAAUUUGAGAGACAAAUCUAUAUAGAAUAAUAUUACUCAAAAACAAGUCGAUCAUGGGUGAAAAAUGAUCCUGUCAUUUUGAAUAAAUUAAAAAAAAUAUCAAAUCUUGAUAUCGAUGAAAUCACAACGCUGCAAACUGAAUUCAAAAAGUAUUGUUUAGAGAAAAGAACCAUUUAAAUUGAUUAAUAGUAAAGAAAAAGUAUGAAAUAAUUAGCAUAAUUAACUGAUUCAUCUGAUGAAGAUGGAGAUGAUCAAUACAGAGAGACUUUAAUAAUAUAAUAAUUUAAACUCUAAAAAUAUGGCAUCAAUAUAGAUACAUUUCUAUCAUUUAUGGUAAUAUCAUCAGUUUUUUAUAUAUAAAUAGGAGAUAUUUUUACGAAAAGAGACCUAACAUUAUCCUUUAGAUUAAGAAAAACUGUAGUUAAUUUUUAACUUAUUCGAUGAAAAUAAAUCAGAGCUCUUAGAUUUUAGGGAAUUUCUCAUCUGUUUAAGCAUUCUACUGAGAGGUUCUUUUGCCGAUAAGUUUAAGAUGCUCUUCACAGCUCAUACGUAGAAUGUCUUGAAAUUUUAAGAUUUUGAAACACUCCUCUCCCUACUCAUACCUUAAGAUAUAUAAUAAUCAAAGGAGUACACUGAAUUCUUAUAGAGAAUUGUCUAGCCUUAUUUCACAUACUUUGAUAUGUUGAAAGUAUUAAAAGAUCCCUUGAUUGUUCAACUAGAAGUGAAUAAAGAGAUGACUGCGAGUCAGAUUAAGAAAUUAAAUUCAUAUAAAGGAAUAAUAGAUUGA